AUGGAACAGGCUGCUAUUACACUUCUCAACAAUAUUGAUCUUAAUGUUGAUGAUUACACUAUCAGAGUCCGCGUUGUCCGAUUAUGGACAAGACCUGCCUUCAACAAUCCUCGAAAGAUUUACUGCUAUGACAUGAUCUUCAUGGACCAAGAGGGCACCAAAAUGCAGGCAUUUGUACUCCAAAGAAACGCUACCGUUUAUGAGCACCUUUUGAAAGAAAAUCAGUGUUUAACUAUACGUAACCCAUCCAUGGGUGAGAAUCGCCAGAAAGUUAAAUACGUUCAUAGUACGUUGAAGAUCAAUCUAAAUGAGAACACUGUUGUUGAGGCUUACACCGAGCCUGUUGGUUCUGAGUGGGGAUUCGAUUUUACUCCAUUUGAUUCUAUUCUGGAGGACCCAGAUGAGGACUUCAAGUCUUUCAAAAGUCCAAUUGAUGUAAUUGGGUUUGUGGUGAAGAGCAUUCUGGCUGAGGUGAAGAGUGAUAGUAACAACAGCAAAGAGGAAAACAACGUUACCUUUAUUCUUGAAGACUUGCAGCACCAUCAGAUUUUUGUUACACUAUGGGAUGGUUAUGCUGAUCAAAUUCGAGCAUUUGAGAGCAACCAUCCAGCGGAAAAGAAUGUUGUGGUCGUUAUUCAGUUUGGGAAGUACCGGUUUUGGGGAGGACAUGUCAAUGUAUCCAAUUUGUAUACUGUAACUCGAGUGUUCAUCAACAGUGACAUUCCCGAGAUUGUUGAUUUUAAGAAAAGUUUUGUUGCUCAGAUUUCUGCUUCAACGUCUUUCGGUUAUUCUGGGUUGACUUCUUCUGUUAUAAAGUCACCUAAAAAGGCUGUUAUUAUCCUUGGUACAAUCAAGAGCUUCGCAUCAGAAAGCACAUGGUUUUACAAUGCGUGUAAAUCUUGCACCAAAAAGGUUUUUACAACAACUAUUUGCAAGGAGAAGGAAGAUGGAAGCGAAGGUUUUGAUGAAGUAACAGUGUUGGAAUGCCAGACUCAUCGUUGUAAUCAAAAGACCGUCACCUCUGUUCCCAGGAUCAAAGUUCCGAUACGUGUUCAGGAUUGUACCGGCAUUGUUACCUUGACUUUGUUUGAACGUGAAGUUGUCAAACUGCUCAGUGUUUCUGCAAAUCAGCUUUUAGAAAACAACAUAGAGUUGGCUGGCGAAGGAAAGUUUCCUAAAGAGUUUAAUGCUUUGCUAAAUCGCAAGUUUGCUUUCAAGAUAGCCAUAGGUUCUUAUAACCUCAAAAACAAAGCAGAUGGCUACUCUGUUUCAAAGUUGACUGAAAACCCAGAAAUAAUGUCCGAGCUUGAUCACCAUUUUCAUGCCUGUUGACGAGGAACCGUUAAACGUUGUUUCUGCUGAUUCAAAUCCAACUGUGAAGGUUCAUGUUAAGGAUUCGGUUUCCCGUACGGGUGAGGAUGAGACUCUGAUUUCUAAGUUGAAUGAGAGCAUGUUUACCACCCCCUCUGUUCCUGUCAAGAGUAGUUCUGUUUCGAUGAUGGAAAAGGAACUUAAGCGCAAUCUGGAUGCGGUUUAUGAGGCUGACUUUUGUUCUUCCCAGUCCUCUACUAAAUCGCGUAAGUGUGAUAGCGACAUGGAGGAAGAUGCGAAUGUGAGUGAUGGACUUUUGAAGCCCAAGAUCGAGAAGUAGCCUGUCAGUCUAAUAAUCAUCUCAAUGUGUUUGAACAAUUUAAUUUUCCCCUUAUGUUUUCAUUAUCAUUCUGAAAUUUGAACUGUGGUUUUCAUUGCUUGGGUACCGAAUAUGUAUUCGGUGUGUCUUUUGUGUGGUUUUUUAUCGUUU